AGGCUUCUCUCUUUCCAUUUUUCUUCCCAUGAUCUAGAUCUUUUCCCAUGCUUUAAGUGACACUACAACAACAACAGUAUGAGUACAAGUAGCCCCGUCAAAAUAUGUCCUCGUAUACGUAUGUGAUGAGUCAGAGCAUGUUGUAGAUACUGAGAUCUUCAUCUUAGUUUCACAUAGCUUUUCCGAAUUUUUUUUUAACGAAAUUCGUGCUUACAGUCAAGUUUUUACCUUAUAAUCAAGAUGACUUCCCAAGGCGAGGAAGGAGCAGCUGCUGCUCCUGCAGCCACGACCAAGGCUCAGGAUGCGAAGGCGAAAAAACCCGAGACCGCGUUGCAAAAGGAGACUCGUCUUACUGGUUACGCUGAGCUUGUCACAUUCGUCGGCGCUGAGGUUUCUAAAGCCUAUGGCUUACCCAGUACUCCAGCUCUAGCGAGAAAGAUCAUCUCCCGUUUUUGUGCGUCCAAAACAGUCAAGGACUUUCAGAAGAAAAUCUCUGACUACUGCCAAGGUGCUGACUAUACGGCAUUGGCUCUGUUUGCGUCGAUCGAAAGCAGAGUGCGGGCUAUUGAAGCGGCGCAGUCAAAUGAUCCAGCCUCUAGGACAGAUGUCUUGUCUGGUAGCGGAAGUGGCGCACCUGGUGGUCUGCAAAUACGCAAUAAGGGUGGAUUGCAACCUGCCUCUGGUGGUGGACUCAGUCGAAAGUUCUUACAGGCAAAUAAAAACGCUGAUGGUCCUCGUGAGCAAGUAGAGACUUCAACUUCUUUGUUGCCAGAUCUUCAAUCAACUUCUGGCUUGGGAGAGCUCCAUCUUGGACUCUUAGGCGCACAACCUUCGUCGGAUGAUACAGGCCACCUCUACGUGCGCAAAGGCUCGACGCUUGGUUUAGAUCAGUUAGCGAGACAAAAGCGCGGUCGAGAGGAACAGUCACCCGUCUUCAGGAUGGACGACGAGGACGAGGAGGAAGAAGGCCCGACACUGAAAUUAGCCUUGCCUCCGAAACAGAACCGCGCAGCAGACCUGUUUGGUGGGUGGAAUGGGCACCAGCGUGCAGCAGCAAGUCUGGGUGGCGGGACUUUAACGGUUGGCGGAAGUCAUAGCAGUGGAGAAGGCGUUGAAAUGGGCGAAGAUCAUGGCCAACCCCAACAUGGAGAUGCUGGUCAUCCUGGAGGCGACCAGAAGGAGAAAGACAACAAAGGGGACCACAACAAGGCUGAGAAGUCUAAGACUUCCUCUGCUUCCACACGUGAUAUCGACAGAUUCCUGGUCCACGCUGUGCAGGCUGACGCUGAAGGGGUAGCAGCUGCUGAACCUGGCGCAGUCACUGGCUUAGCCUCAGCGAUUCAGCAGACGAAAACUUCUAGUCCCGACUCUGGUCCAUCUAUGAUGUCUGACCCGAUGAACACGUUAUCAGCGAAAAACGGAGGAGGUAAGCCCAAGGGCGCCAGCAGAGAAGCGUUGUUCAAUUCCAGUAACAGAAGCGGAGCUGGCGGAAAGGGCAAGAAAGCAGGAGCUUUUGUUGUCGGUGCUGGUGGUAAAAAAGGCGCUGCAGGUGCAGGGCGCUCCCCAACACAGAACGACACCAAGACCUUAGCUGCAUUGGAAGUCGGUGCUCAAGUUGACGCCAAACUCGCUUUGAUGGCCACAACGGGUAAUGACGAUGACAACGAAAACACUCUCGCUGGUUCGUUACGCGACCCAGGUGAGCGGCAAGUUGGUGGUGGUAUCCGCGCUUUUCGUGGCACUAAAACCGUCAUUAUGGCCGGUGACAGUGACGAGGAGGAGAAAGAGCCAGAAGUAAAAGCAGACUACAGAGGUCGAGCCAUGCGAGGAGAAGAGCAGAAAAACGAUCGUCGUGGUGGUGGCGGUCGGAACGAUGAAGACCGGAUGAAUGGAGGAACGAACCGGCGUGGUCCUCGUGGUCAACAUAGCGAUCGAGAAAGAGAGAGGAGAAGACGUUCUGACUCCCGUGACCGCAGUAGGCGUGCUUCUUCUCGCGACCGUUCUAGAAGAAACGCCAAAGAAGAACGACACGGUCCCUUCGACUACGACAGUGACGAAGAGGAGAGAGAGGAUGACAAGGAGCAAGAGAGCACUUGGUACACUGGGAAAGCGACCAGUGGCAUGAUGGGCAUCAACGACUGGAACAAGGGUGUGACUGUGGAUCGAAGCACUAUGGGGAAUUUGCAGGAAGACGUGCUAGGUGGCGGUGAUGACGAGGAAAAAUACAAGGACCGCAUGGCCCACGAAAUCGAGUUGGACGAGUGGGAGGAAGUCGCUCUAGAUCGCGAUUGGUACGACCAAGAGGAGGGCGGAAACCAAGGUACGCAGAGCACGUUUGGCCAUGCGAUGAGUGCGGAUGAAUUGUUUGAGAAGGAAGAAGCCAGAAGGAAAGAGGCUGAGCGACAACGAGAGAGGAAAGUCACUCUAGCUCAGCAGGAGAAGAACAAGGACGUGGAGGCGUGGGAGCAGAGCUUGCUGAGGCAAGCUGGAGUAGGGGAGAAAAGAUUCAUCGAUUUGGACGCAUUUCACGCUGACAACUACAUGCAGGGAAGCCGGCAGCACGUUUUAGUGAAAGAAACAGUUCCACCAUUCUUGGAUGGCCGUAUUCAGUACACCACACAAGCGGAGAUGGUUUCCAUCGUGAAAGAUCCCACGUCUGACAUGGCUGUGUUGGCGAAGAAAGGCUGUGCCAGUAUCAAGAAGUUACGCGAAGAAGAGGGGAAGAACAAGAUGCGGGAUAGGUUUUGGGAGGCAAACAAGGGACAGACGGGCUUGGCUGCUGCUGUUACUGGCGGUGGAACUGCGAAGAAGGACCCAAAUGCGAUGGAAAUGGAAGAGCAAGAACAUCAAGAGCCGGCCGCUGUCGAACAAGGGGAGGCCCAGAAUGAUCCCUCUGAUCAAGCAGGAGCGGCGCAACAACAGGAGGAACAUCACGAGGAAGAAAAUGCUCCAUCAUCUACUUCUACUUCACAGGUAGAAGAAAAUCCUAGUCUUCUACCGCCAUCUCGUCAACAACAGCUGCCGCCCUCUGGCCUACCACCUAUUCCAGAGGGAGACGAAGAAGACGAGGACUCUAGUUCGGAUGACAAUGUAGGUCCUAUGCCAGAGCAAGGCGGUGGGGACGACAACGAUAAGAACGACGCUAUUAAUGGUGAGGACUCUGAUUCCGAUGAAAAUGUGGGACCCAUGCCUGAGGCAGAGCUGCCUCAAGAUGGUAGUAAGAGAGGUGCGGAAGCCACUUCUGAAAAUGAGCAGGCACAAGAGGAAGGAGAAGCUGCUAAAAAGGAGAGUGAUAUCGCCAAAAAAUCUGCCGAGAAAGAAGCCGCUGCUCAAGCCAACGCAGCUUACACCGCUAUCAUGCAGGCUCGUAGUGGUAUGAACACUGGCGAGGAGGAGAAAGCGGUCGACGAUGAGCACUACGAUUAUCGUGCUGAGAACAAAUUUGCUGACGCCAUGAAGAGCAUCAAACAGGAAGCUCAGACUGAAUUCGGAAAGAGCCGCACGAUCGACGAGGUCCGGAAAGCUUUGCCAGUCUACGGCGUGAGACAAGAUUUCUUAGACCUUCUCCGCGAGCAUCAGAUUGUAGUAGCAGUAGGAGAAACAGGCUCAGGUAAGACGACCCAGCUGACCCAGUACCUGCUCGAAGCGGGUUACUGUUCCGACGGCCUAUUGAUAGGUUGUACGCAGCCGCGUCGUAUGGCUGCGAUGAGUGUGGCGAAACGUGUGUCCGAUGAAAAAUACGAGGAAUUAGGCGGUUUAGUGGGCUACUCGAUUCGAUUUGAGGACUGCACGUCUCCAGAAACUAGGAUCAAGUACAUGACGGAUGGUGUCUUGCUGCGAGAGACGUUGAACGAUUCCGAUUUGGAGAAGUAUGCAGCCGUCAUCAUGGACGAGGCGCACGAACGUAGUCUAAACACCGACGUGUUGUUCGGCAUUCUGAAAAGUAUCACGACUCGAAGACGGGAUUUCCGCAUGGUUGUGACGUCUGCGACCAUGGAUAGUGAACGAUUUUCGCGCUUUUUCGGUGGUGUGCCGGUGUUCGAGAUUCCGGGACGUACGUUCCCGGUCGACACUUUCUUUGCUAAGUCGGCGCCUCAAGACUAUGUUGAAGCUGCAGUCCAUCAGAGCAUUCAGAUUCACGUGCAGGAAGAGCGAGGAGACAUCUUGAUCUUCAUGACUGGUCAAGAGGACAUCGAUGCCACUUGCGUCUUAUUGGCGGAUCGUUUGCAGGAAGCGGGUCUGGAAAACAUCCCUCCUCUCAACAUCUUGCCAGUUUACUCCACCAUGCCCAGUGACUUGCAGGCUAGGAUCUUUCAGCCUAGUCCCUUUCGCAAAGUCAUUGUCGCCACCAACAUCGCGGAAACCAGUCUUACGGUGGAUGGAGUCAAAUUCGUGGUCGAUUCGGGUUUCUGCAAGGUCAAGUGCUACGACCCCAAAAUCGGUAUGGACUCCCUGCAGAUCACCCCAGUCUCCCAAGCCAACGCGAAUCAACGCAGAGGUCGUGCUGGGCGAACCGAAGCCGGAAGUUGCUGGAGACUGUACACGGAGCGGGCUUUUAUCGCAGAAAUGUACGAAAUGUCGAUUCCGGAAAUUCAGAGAACAAACCUGUCUCAAGUGGUUUUGUUGCUGAAGUCGCUUGGUGUUGACAAUUUACUGGAUUUCGACUUCUUGGAUCCGCCUCCACAAGACACGAUUUUGAGCUCGAUGUAUCAAUUGUGGAUGCUGGGAGCGCUGGAUAACUUGGGGUACUACCUUUUUACAUGUUGCCUAGUUUAGUAGCACACGGCGCUCAAGUUUUAGACUUUAGGUACAGUUGAGUGGAGCAAGUGACUUCUCAUUUCGUAGUACGACAAACAUGCAGAUGAAGUAUCCAAUCAUUGGUCUAACUCUAUUAACUCUACGACGUCUUCAAGAACAAGAGCUUGUUAUUAUAAAGAUAAACUUUUCUCAAUAUCCCAAUUUGAUGCUCCUGGGACCGCUGGAAGAUAACUUUGGGUACUACAUUUUCAGAUGCUCCGUCUAGGCCCACAAAAGCAAAACUAAUACCAAACAACUUCUAACUCUGUUCCACUAAAUUUAAUAAAUAAACCUUGAGUAGUUCAACAAGAACUUCUACAACUUCUACUUGUGCUUACUACUUAAACUUAAGAUCUCAACAACAUUCUUGAAUGUUUCUAUCCAUCACGACCACCAGGUAUCUGACCGACACUGGUCGCAAGAUGUCCGAAUUCCCGGUCGAUCCUCCUUUGGCUAAGAUGCUUCUCUCUGCAGCUGACUACGGUUGUGUGCAGGAAAUGAUGGUGGUGAUUUCCAUGUUGCAGACUCCGAAUAUCUUCUAUCGACCAAAAGAGCGGGCUGAGGAGUCCGAUAACCAGCGCGAGAAGUUCUCCGUACCCGAGUCCGACCAUUUGACGUUGCUGAACGUGUACCAGCAGUGGAAAAAGCACGGCUACAGCGCGGCUUGGUGCAAUUCCCACUUUGUGCAGGCCAAGUGCAUGAAGAAGGUGCGAGAAACUUUCGGACAGUUAGAAGACUUGGUGAACCAACAAAAGUUACUGAACACGAGUUGUGCCGGCAACUGGGACGUGGUGAGGAAAGCCAUUACGAGUGGUUACUUCCACAACGCAGCCAAGAUGCGAGGAAUCGGCGAGUACGUGAAUCUCAGAACUUCGGUUCCCUGUCAUUUGCAUCCGACUUCCGCUCUCUACGGUAUGGGCUACACCCCGGACUACGUCGUCUACCACGAAGUCGUUUUGACAACGAAGGAGUACAUGAACUACGUUUCUGCGGUGGAGCCUUCUUGGCUAGCAGAGAUGGGUCCUAUGUUUUUUUCGGUGCGUGAAACGGGUUCUGACGUGAACGCUAUGCGUAGGCAGGAUCAAGAGAACCAGAGAAAAAUGAACUACGAGGCAAAACUACACGAAGAUCGCCUGGCUGCCGAACGACUGGAGAACGAGCGUCAUCAUGCAGUAACGAGUUCCAAACGCCAAGCAUUUGCGUCCGUGGGUGGGAGGAAUAGGUUGGGAGCUGCGCAAUUGGCGGCACAGCAACAAGCUGGACUGCUAGCUGGUGCUGUUGGGACUUUGACUACCCCAAGUGGGACUCCGAUUGGAGGUAAUAGCAACCACGACAAGAAAGACAUGAUACUAGACAACACGAGGACACUUGAGACCACAACACCAACAACUUCUAACCUCACUUCUAACCUUACUUCUGGUGUAGCAGGCUUAGACGAAGGAGAGGGUGCCUUGAAACUGAAAGCUGGUUUGAACUUGAAAUCAGCGGCUAGUGUCAAAACAGCUCAGCGCAUGGCGAAGAUGGAUGAAGGCGAUGUUUUUUCGAGUGAAGCACGUCGCGCACCAGCAGGCGGCAGGAGGAAAAAGAGGAAACUUGUCGUGCCUGGAGGAGGUUCGAGUGGUGCGCCGUCGCCAGGGGAAGAUGCAUGAUCUGAGGCAAGAUCAAUCUCUUCUGAGAUCAUAGUUGAGCAGAUGACAAGUUGAUGAAGGAAGUGUCCUCGUCCCUCAGAAACCUUGUCGUGACAUGUCUAUCCACUUUCCCAUGUAGUUUACUUUUCACGAAUCUUAGUUUCUCUUUCAUCUGAAUUCCACCUCCCUGAUCGUUGUUGACUCGUGACAGCACGAGUCUUAAUGUCGUCCACAAUGAAUGUACAUCCCACGACAACAGUUUUUACCAUACAAACCUUUCUUCACCUCUAGUACUACUGUCGGAACAUCUUGUUCCUGAUGGCAUGUUAUCACUCAACAGUGCUCGCUGAGUAUGCUGGUGGGAGUCUGUUCUUGAAAUCUUGCAUGUAGUUGUCGUG